UGCAGAUACAAGUGGAUUAACAAGAAGAUGAUGAUCAUAUUUUAUUUACUGCUGAUGCUCAGAGCGGGGCGAUGCGCACACGAUCCGAUCUUUGACACAAAGACUGUUGGUGUUGGAGAUGAUGUGACUUUGACAUGUCCCCGCCAGAAAAAUUCGCAAACAAAAUACUUCUUUUGGAUUAGGCUUGUUUCUGGAAACUUUCCUGAAACCUUCAAGGGAACGCAUCAAUUUGAAUAUAAUGUUGUUCACAUGACUCCUCGCACUGUAACAAAACAAGGGCCUGAAACAUUUCUUCUGCAGAUAAAUAAAACAGAGCCAAGCGAUACUGGAGUUUACUACUGUUUAAAAGUAGACUUACUUGAUAUGACAUUUUUGAAAGGAACAUUUCUGAGAAUUAAAGGUAUAUGUACUUUAUACUAGAUGUUAUUGUUAUAACUGUCCGAUGGUUCACAUUUAUUAUAUAUAUUAUACAUAUGUGUACAAUACGUGUUUGCCUCUUUAAUUUAAUAUGUUAAACAACUUAUUGUAUUCUUGUCUUUCAUCUGCACUGUCCCUUUGCUAUUAUAUGAUUUCUGAAAUAAACUACAGCAAACAAACGUUUACAUUCCUGAAUUUUAUUAUCCUUUAUUCAUGCAUUUGUAUUUCCCAGGACUUGAUAUCACUGCCAUCAUUCAAGACCUUCCAUCUGAUCCAGUCCGUCCAGGAGACUCAGUGACUCUGCAGUGUUCAGUCCUCUCUGACUCUGAGAACAAGACGUGUGAAGGACAACACAGUGUGUUCUGGUUCAGAUCUGGAUCAGAUGAAUCUCAUCCUAAAGUCAUUUACGCUCAUGGAAACAGUGGUGAUGGAUGUGAGAAGAGUCCUGAGGCUCACGCUCCACAGAAAUGUAUCUACAACUUCUCUAAAAACGUCAGCUCCUCUGAUGCCGGGACUUAUUACUGUGCUGUGGCCACAUGCGGGGAGAUAUUUUUUGGAGAUGGUACAGAACUGGAAAUUGAAGCAGUCAACAUGUGGGAUUUGGAGAAGGCCAACACAGUUCUGUUUCUGUUAUGCGCUGCUUUGGCUAUAAGUCUGAUCGUCCAUAUGUAUACCAUCAAGAAGAAAACUUGUGAUUGUUGCAACGCUGCUCCGCAAACAAAUGCUGCACCAGCCAGCGGUGAUCAGCAAAGUCAGCAGAGAGAUGAGGAAAAAUUAUUUUAUUCUGCCCCAACCUUCAACAAGAGGAAAACUGGCAAAGCAGAGAGAAGGAAUGAAGAAGCGGCAGAGAGAGAGACGAUCUACACCGAUGUCAGGGCGUUAGUGAAAUAAUCAAAAUCUACUGGAUUUGCUUAUUAAAGCUAAUAUCAUUUUUGUCUGACACACUGUUGUAAAUAUGCUGCUUCAUUUCUGAUAUUGCUAAAAAAAACUUUUAUUUGGAUAACUUUAAACAUUUUGAAUGUUUAACUUUGACAUUAUGUUUUGUUCAAUCUGUUUGCAUUGUAUGACAGAAGGGCAUGGAGUAUCAUGACGCACUGUGGAAUAGUUUUAGUGGAUUUUUAAGGUGAUAUUCUACAGCGUCUCAUAUCUAUUAUUUCUUGUUACAUUUUUGUGCAUUUUUUUCAUUUAAAGUUGGAGGGUUGAGUCGUUUACGAUCCGUCUCUUUUGUCUGAAAUGUAGUUUUAAGCCUGUUAACUUCUCCUAUAUGUAUCUAUGCAAAGCUACGGUGCACCAUGUUCAGGGUUUUUCAAAAGUUUUGUUUUGUCUCUGAUUUUAUGAAGGCAGAUUUUUAUGGAAUUAAAAUGAAAGUAUAUGAAAGUGA